UUCCCUAGGAGGAUCCGGGCCCCAAGUGAUGGGGGGAAUGUGGAUCUUUAGAGAUAUUUAAGCUUGGACUGGACAAGGCGCUGCACAGCCUGCGCUAAUUUGACUCAGUUCUGGGUGGAGAGUUGGACCGAGCUUUGCAGAGAUGUGUUCCAGCCUGAAUUAUUCAGUGACUUUGGCAAAACAAAAGUGUGUCCGUAUGCUUGAUAUUCACAUUAAACUCUGUCCUUGCACAAUGCCUCCAUCAGACUCUUAAUUCUGCAGCCGUAAUGCAAGUAACUUUGCGGAAUUUGGUGCUUCUCUGUUAAUAAAAUGGACAGUAGAAUACAGUGCCCCCUAAACUUGGAAGAACUGCUUUUGAAUAACUUCAGAAGCAGCAGCAUGGUCCCGCUGCUGAAGCCAGCAGUUUCAGCAGUGUCUGCAGUCUCUCAGUACACAAGCCAGCACUUCUUACGACAUCUCAGUAACUUUGACCGCCAGUGUGAUUUUGAGAUUGAAAAAUUCUCUGCUGGCUCACCUGUGUUUACGGUGGGGUUCAUACCGGUAGAGUUAAAUCAGGCACGAUAACGAGUAUCUCUGUUUUGCUUGCUUCCUCCCAUUUCUUUGUUCCAGUCAAGCAUUUUAGCAUACCCUGCGGGCUCAUAACAUAGUCAGGACAUGUUGUUUGCGCAGGCAUGUUUUCAUUUUCAGGAGUCCAAUAAUAACUUGCCGCCUUUGUUCCUGCAUCCCGCGGAGCUUGUAGCCUCCGGUGGGAGCAUGAGUGAGUUCCGCAUUCACCACGAUGUCAAUGAGCUGCUCAGCCUGCUGCGCGUGCACGGCGGGGAAGGAGCUGAAGUCUACAUCGAUCUUCUGCAGAAGAACCGGACCCCUUACGUUACCACGACCGUCUCGGCUCACAGCGCGAAGGUAAAAAUAGCAGAGUUUUCUCGGACUCCUGAAGAUUUUUUAAAGAAGUAUGAUGAGCUGAAGUCUAAAAAUACAAGACAUCUAGAUUCUUUAGUUUAUCUACUGUCAAAACUCACAGAAGACAAAGAGACACUCCAGUAUUUGCAACAAAAUGCUAAAGAAAGGGCAGAGCUUACAGCAAACGCGGCAGCCAGUGGCAGCACGAAUUUUUCCAUUCCCUCAUCUACUUCCAAGAUAUCUCUCCAGGAGCUCGAGGAGCUGCGCAAGCAGCUGGGCAGUGUCACAGCCAACUCCAGCGUACAGCAGCCUCUUGAGCUUACACGAAAAAUCCUCCGAGAUAAGCAGAACAAGAAGAAUUCUGGUCAGCCCAUUCCAGUUUUUCCAUCCUGGGUGUAUGAGAGACCUGCACUGAUUGGUGAUUUCUUAAUUGGCACCAGUUUAAGCACUGACACGACGGUACCUAUAGGUACCUUGCCGUUACCCUCACAAGAAUCCAUGAUUGUGGAGGACUUGCUGUACAUUCUGAUUGGUGUGGAUGGAAGAUACAUCACAGCACAGUCUCUCGUAGGCAGGCAGAACCGAGCGUUUUCAGUUGAUCCAAACUUGGACUUGUCCAUCAAAGAGCUGGUGACCAGGAUUCUUCCUGUAGCAGCAAGUUACUCUGCUGUCACCAGAUUUAUAGAGGAGAAGUCUUCCUUCGAGUAUGGACAGGUAAAUCAUGCUCUGGCUGCUGCUAUGCGGACUCUAAUCAAGGAAUACAUGAUACUAAUUACCCAGCUGGAACAUCUUCAGAGACAGGGACUUCUGUCACUACAGAAACUCUGGUUUUAUAUCCAGCCCACAAUGAGGACCCUGGAGAUCCUUGCUUCACUUGCUACUUCUGUGGAUAAAGGUGAGUGUAUGGGAGGAUCAACCCUGAGCUUACUCCAUGACAAGACUUUCAAUUACACAGGGGACAGCCAGGCCCAGGAGCUGUGCCUGUAUUUAACCAAGGCAGCCAGCAUGCCUUAUUUUGAAAUUCUGGAAAAGUGGAUAUAUCGAGGCAUCAUUAAUGAUCCAUACAGUGAGUUCAUGGUGGAGGAACAUGAGCUGCAGAAGGAGAAGAUUCAGGAGGACUAUAAUGACAAGUAUUGGGAUCAAAGAUACACUGUUGUUCAGCAACAGAUUCCGUCAUUCUUGCAGAAAAUGGCUGACAAAAUACUAAGCACAGGGAAAUACUUGAAUGUUGUACGAGAAUGUGGACGUGAUGUUACCUGCCCUGUGGCUAAAGAGGUCAUCUAUACUUUAAAAGAGCGAGCGUAUGUGGAACAAAUAGAAAAAGCAUAUAACUAUGCUAGCAAAGUUCUUCUGGAUUUCCUAAUGGAGGAGAAAGAGCUGGUGGCUCACCUAAGAUCUAUAAAACACUAUUUCCUGAUGGAUCAAGGGGACUUUUUUGUUCACUUCAUGGAUCUCACAGAAGAGGAACUUAAGAAACCUGUAGACGACAUCAUAACUACGAGGCUAGAGGCUCUGCUUGAACUAGCCCUGCGAAUGAGCACAGCCAACACAGAUCCUUUCAAGGAUGAUUUAAAGAUUGACUUGAUGCCCCAUGACCUCAUUACACAGCUCUUGAGAGUAUUGGCCAUAGAAACGAAACAGGAGAAGGCCAUUAUCAGUGCAGAUCCCACAGAGCUCACUCUCAGCGGUCUGGAAGCAUUUUCCUUUGACUACAUUGUUAAGUGGCCUCUGUCCCUUAUUAUAAACAGGAAAGCACUGACAAGAUACCAGAUGCUUUUCAGACACAUGUUCUAUUGCAAACAUGUGGAAAGACAGUUGUGCAACGUUUGGAUCAGCAAUAAGACGGCCAAGCAAUUCUCCCUGCAUUCAGCUAAGUGGUUUGCUGGUGCUUUCACACUGCGGCAGCGAAUGCUGAAUUUUGUACAGAAUAUCCAGUAUUACAUGAUGUUUGAAGUGAUGGAGCCAACAUGGCACAUUCUUGAGAAGAACCUGAAGUUGGCAUCUAAUAUUGAUGAUGUCCUGAGCCACCACACAAGCUUCCUGGAUAACUGCUUGAAGGACUGCAUGCUAACCAACCCAGAGCUGCUGAAGAUCUUCUCCAAGCUGAUGUCUGUCUGUGUCAUGUUCACAAACUGCAUGCAGAGGUUCACCCAGAGCAUGAAGCUGGAUAAUGAGAUGGACCGCCUCACCUUAGAGCACGGCACAAUGCUGGGGCCACCAACAGAGGAGGAGCGUGCCGAGGAGACUGCCAAGAAGCAGCUGACUAACAAGCUUUUAGCAGAGCAUGCUGACAACCUCCACCUGACAUCUGGCUUCGAAGCAACGAUGAACAAGUUUGAUAGCAAUUUCUCAACACAUCUGCUGGACCUUUUGGACAAACUGAGCGUUUACAGCACCAACGACUGUGAGCACAGCAUGCUCAACAUCAUCUACAGGUCACGCAGGGCAUGGCCAACGCAGUGUUGAAGACCAAGUCGCCUGCUCUUUUAACAGAAGAAUGUCAUGACCCCGUAGUCCUCGAGCCUUGCAAAGAACAUGUGAAGAUUUCCCCAUUGGUGGGAUUGGCUGGAGUUGGCUCUCGGCUUACUCAAGACGUCAACAACCUCGAGUCCUCUACCAGUCUUUACGUCAUGCAACAGCAGAAGUCCUGCAGCCUUCCAUCACAUUUUAUCACGUGCGAUGCCAGGCACUGCUGUAAGGCCUUUUCUGACAGUAACUCGGCUGACGUCCUCCUUCCAGCACUGCUCCUGCACUUAGGGUCAGGGAUUCACCUCUCUUAUCAUUGCCUCCCCACCCUUGUGCCCACUUUCUGCAUCUACCAGGACGGUGGGACCAGCUGAUGCUGCACUGUGGAGCCUGGUGGUGCAUCUUGUUCGACUGAAUCCGUGGUGGGUGGCCAGGAGCUAUCCUCCACCGGUUGCCUUUGUGUUUCACAGACCACACGUGGGCGGUAGCUGUGGCAGGAGGUGACUCCUGAGCUGUGGAAGCUCUGGAGCCAGUUCUUCCAAAUAUGGAGAGGUUGGUUUUUACAGUGAGUUCUUCCUGCUUCAGGACAAAGGAGAAGUAUGGUGAUUCAGGCGGGUUGUGAGAAAACAAAACGCUUCCGUUAGCGGUUUGCAUUGGGAAUGGUGACCUACGCUGCAACCAGCUGUUCAGAAGAGGGUCUCGAGUCCUUUGUCCCCUGGUAUUUCCAUGCCCCAGUUCUGUUCAAGGGCUGCAGAGGAAAUACUGGCUCUUUAUGCCAUCGGGACUGUCAUCACUAUCAAGUCCUCCAGUCUGGACCAUCUGGGACCACGUGGGCCUUCACCGAGACGCUGGACGUAGCUGGACCUCGUCCCCGUUCCCUUAACUGAAGCGCUGCACGUUAACAGAACAUGUCCUUCCACUUCUACAGGCUGCUCAGUAAUGUUUUCAAGAGUGGAAGCCCCCCGAUGGAUGUCCAGACGUGAUAUUUAGCUCUCAUUCAGCCUGUAGAGAUUAUUGGAUCGAGUCCUGGACUCUAUGGCAACCGGAAUCCAAGAACCAGAGCGGAGAUGGUUACUGUCUGAAAUAACAUAUUUGACAGAGACACUGAAGAGUUUAUGAGACAUAACUUUGUUUUCUUAUAAUUUAUAACCUUUUUAUAUGACUGCUUUCAAGGUUGAUAGUCAACAUGUAAGAUGGAUAACAAAAUACCCCUCUUAUUCAUAA